AUGAACCCUGCUGCCGAUUUCUGGAAGCCAACCCAGCAGGGCGGCAAAUCAGCCCUGAAUACUGGACGUGGUGGAAACAUAAACAAUCAACAGAAGCAGCAGCAGCAGCAGCAUCAGCAGCCAUAUUCCAACCGGAUGCACCAUCAGUUUUGUCAGAAGAAAGGAUACGGAAAUGUCAAGAACUGGCACUACAUCCAUCGCGAUACCUUCCCCUCGCGUGAGCAGAUCCUUGCGAACGGUCGUAUCCUCCACCCUGGCUCUUCACUCGAACUUCUGACAAGCAUUCACCCAAACACCGGCGAGUGCCUCGCCUUCCUCGUCAGUCUUUCUCGCCGCCAUCAAACCGAGCAGCCGCUUGCUACAGUACUGUAUUGGGGCAGGGGCUUCUCGAUGGAUCUAGCCAUGGUUUGGCUGGAGUACCACGUGGACUGGGACUUGCAUAGGCAAUUGCGUGGCUUGGCUCAGGUUCCCAAUGGCUUUUGGAAUGAUUGCGGGAAAGACACUACAAGGACACACUUGAUCAAGCAAAUCAUCAUGUUCUCGUACACGACCCUUCAAGUUUUCCGCGCUGACGGAAUCCGCUUUCGCAAUCAAGAGAUGUUCAUGGACUACACUCUCAUGAACGACAGUGCGCUGCUCGAGGACCCCGACAACACUUGGUACGACGAGGAGCUGCACGCGUACUACGCUAAGACCCGCAUUGAUGCCCGCCUCGCAGCCCACAUGGACUGCAUUACCGAGUUCGCCAAGAACAAGUUCCCCGGCAACAAGGUCUAUUACACAGUCAAGCUUGAGCACAUCCAGAAGGAGCCGCUCUAUCUGGGCCUCGAGGAGCCUUGGGCGCUCAGCAAGUGGAGGGCGUGCGUGUGGCGCUACGACAGGCCCCGCCACUACAGGUACGAGAUGGUGGCCACGCCGCACUUCGCACACGAGCACCAGGCCUUGCAGGACUUGGAGAUGCGCUUGAUCAAGAUGUUCCUAGGCCGCGACGACGAUGAGGCGGCUCGCGAGCUGUUCUCCAACUGGAUGGAUAAGGACUACAGCAGGCUCUAG